UGGAAUGGAGCACAUCAGCAUGUUUUUGUUAUGGAACCAGAUCAGCAUCCCGGACCUCCGAGACGUGAGGCAGCCGUGAGAUCCAGCAGCAGGUCGCCGGUGGUGCCGCACCUGUUGUUCUUCCGCAACUUCAGCAAUGGUGGCGCUGUGGCGCUGAAGACGACCGUUAAACCCGCAGUGUGCUGGCCUGGCUGAGAUGCGAAGCGAACACAGUGGAGCUCACAAGCAAACCGUAAUGGCGACUGCUGGUGGAACAGCAGAUCCGGGAUCAACAGCCACGACAGGGACCAGUGGCAUCUUCAAAGGAGGUCCUUCAGAGAUGCCUGGCUCCUCAGGCACCACUCAGAGUAUGAAGAAGACCAUCGGCCACCGGGGAGUUGAGACCACCACCGGAGAGACCACCUACAAAAAGACGACUUCCUCUGCCCUUAAAGGUGCCAUUCAGUUGGGCAUCACUCACACAGUGGGCAGCUUGAGUCAGAAGGCUGAAAGGGAUGUGCUCAUGCAGGAUUUUGUGGUUGUAGAAAGUAUCUUUUUCCCCAGCGAAGGUAGUAACCUUACGCCAGCUCAUCACUACAGUGACUUCCGUUUUAAGACAUACGCUCCCAUCGCCUUCCGUUACUUCAGAGAACUGUUUGGCAUUCGGCCAGAUGACUACCUGUAUUCUCUGUGUAACGAGCCACUGAUUGAGCUCUCCAACCCUGGAGCCAGUGGAUCGCUCUUCUAUGUCUCUAGUGAUGAUGAGUUCAUCAUUAAAACUGUUCAGCACAAAGAGGCAGAGUUUCUCCAGAAGCUGCUUCCUGGAUACUUCAUGAACAUAAACCAAAACAAGCGCACACUGCUCCCCAAGUUCUACGGACUCUACUGCGUUCAAGCAGGGGGGAAGAAUAUUCGCAUAGUUGUAAUGAACAAUCUUCUACCCCGAAUCAUCCCCAUGCACCUCAAAUAUGACAUGAAAGGAUCCACUUAUAAGAGACGGGCGUCGCCGAAGGAGAGAGAGAAGGCUGUUCCCACGUACAAAGACCUCGACUUCAUCCAGGAUUUGCCCGAUGGCCUCCAGCUGGAAGCAGAUAACUACAAUGCUCUCAGCAAGACAAUACAGAGGGAUUGCCUGCUCUUGCAGAGUUUCAAGAUUAUGGAUUACAGUCUUCUGAUGGGCAUUCACAACAUGGACCAGGCUAGUCGGGAGCGGGUCGGGGGCUAUUCUGUGGACAGCGGGGGGUCGGAGGGAGCGGUGACGCCGGAUCAACGGCGGCCUCAAGCCCAGAAAAGUCUUUACUGUACAGCUAUGGAGUCCAUCCAGGGGGAGGCUCGAGGGAAGGGUGCUUUGGAUUCUGAAGACCACAUGGGAGGCAUUCCAGCUCGGAAUGGAAAAGGAGAGCGGUUACUCAUCUACAUCGGCAUCAUAGACAUCCUCCAAUCUUAUAGAUUUGUUAAAAGGCUGGAGCACUCCUGGAAGGCACUUGUACACGAUGGGGACACAGUUUCAGUUCACAGACCUGGUUUUUACGCAGAGCGCUUCCAACAGUUCAUGUGUAACACGGUGUUCAGGAAAAUUCCUCUAAAGCCUUCCCCAUCUAAGAAGAGUCGUGGUGGAGGUCAAGCGGGGCUUAGGCGGGCUCCCACUCUUGGAGCUCCCACCCCACUCUCACACGCAAUGGGGCACUCAGCUAUGGAUCCCAGACUGGUUUACCAUCCCCAUUUUAAAAGCACAGAGUCAGAAACCGACAAUGUUCAGCCAGGCAGACCGGAUCUAGUUCCCAGGACCCCACCGCUGCAUGACAACCCGGCUGACUGUGAGGCCAAUCUGUCCACCUCGUCUGUAGGCAGCCUAGAACUUGCUUCGUCUCCUCUCCUAAGGUCUGUCGGGGUGGAGGUGCACAAAUCAGCUCACACAGACUACGACCAGGGUGUCUUUCACAGCUUCGAGAUUGAGGGCACUGCAGAUCAUUCUGGCCACUUGUCUGGAAGUGAAGAUGUAGUUUCACUAUCUGACAUCAUCCCUGAGACCAACAUCAAUUUUUAAAGAAACAGAUGAAGUGCCAUUGAAAGAGGAGACAGCUAGAGAAUGCGAACUGGGCAGAGUGAUGGAUAAAUGAUAGCCAGCCAUCCAAGUCAGAAGCCCUUCACGUGUCAACCCAGCACUCCCAUUUUAUACAGACAGACUGGACGCUGGAGGAAGCAGCCAGGUGGAGGUUGUCAUGAGGGGAAAACUCAGAGAUCCACGCUACACGCUUGGGUAUUCGUGCGUAUUGUCUUUUCUAGCCGUCAACGCUGUCACACAAUGUCCCAAAUCACCAGGAAUAUGGGUUGUGACCACAAUUAUUUUUUUAUAUGGAUGAUUUAGAAUUUCUUUUCCUCUCUCUGAGGAUCAUGAGGGUAGUGAAAUGGUGAUGAGUCACUUUUUGAAGCAUUGAGUGGAGCGAGUGUGUGGGCACAAACAGGAACAGUGCACGCUGAAGUAAGUCUGAGUGGGAUCAUAGUUGUCACUUUUUUUUUUUUUAAGUCUUCCUGUUACAUCACAUUUGCCUUCCACUUUGUACCCUCCUCGCAGGCGCACUCACUCUGAGCUGUCCCGUAUGUUUUUAGCCUCUUAUCGACAAAUAAGAGAACACUUGCUGCUGUCCCACACUGCAGUCACAUUGUCUUAAAAUUGUGGAUUUUUUUUUUUUUUUUUUUUUAAAGUAACAGUAGCUAAUGGCUCAAACCAGUGCUAGAUUAUCAGGUUUUUGUCCUGAUACAUUGUGCCAGAAGCCGUUGAGGUGCUGCUGAAUGUGUGUGUGUGUGUGUGUAUGUGUAUGUGUGUGUGUGUGUAUGUGUGUGUGUGUGUGUGUGUGUUUCUUUUUCUCUUCCCCGGCUUCGAUAGAAUGCGUCUUAUUAACCUGGAAGAAUGCGCUAAACAUCUCUAGCCCACAUGUCCCUGAAAUGACCAGAUGUGCUAAACGUUUCUCUUGGAAUGGUGAGAAAAGCAGUUGGCAGCCAGUAGAUGAAGUAUCAAGCUGAAGGCUGCGGUCAUUUUAGGUGUUGUCUGUUAAUCCCCCCCCUCCCUCAUCCCCCCACAACCCUCCUCCGCGAUGCAUUAUUGUCCUCUCGUCCGACAUGAUGCUCAAUUAACUUUCUUUUAACAGUGAAACACAAAAUUGCCUUAUCACUACAACGGAAACCAUCCGGCUCCAAUGUGUGUGUCUUUGCAGACAAUUUGUCUAUGUUUUGAGAAGUAUUUUCAUGUCAAGCGCACAAUCCUUUUUUGUAUCAUAUAUGGGCCACACUGAAAAACAAAAACUGAGAUAGAGUUGUCAUCAUUUUAAGAACUUUUUAAGAAGAGUUUCAUCGAGGUUAAACAAAAGUUGAAUCGAAGCAGCUCAACUUUUGGUUCCGAGAAAAGUCCAGUUCCCGCACUCUUAACAACUUAAUGUCAAAUAUUCUGUGCGGACCUGAAUGCAACAUGAGAUUAGCAGCCCCUGUCUUUCUGUCGAGCGCUACUAUAGAUCAUCUGAUGACAGUCAAAUAGUUAACAUUUCCUUGACAAUAUAAUCUAGAGGGGAAAAUGUUUUAUUGCAAUAUGCGUAAUUCACAAAUAAUUGUAUAGUUGUAAAUGUAACAUUGUAUGAGAUCUUACGAAAUUGACUUAAUUGUAAUUUUUUAAAAAAUAUAAUUACAAAAUUGGCUUUUCUUAUGUUUGCAACUUUUCUCAUAAAAUUAGAUACUUAUGAAUCAAUCUUGGGAGGAAAAAUAAAUCACUUGUAAAAUUGCAAUUUAAAUUCAAAUUGAUUUUUUUUCCCUCUUAAUUGUGAUUUUAUAAUUAACAUUGCGACUUGGGGUUAGGUUCUGCCAAGAGAGCUCAUUCUCUUAAGGGGAAAAAAAAACAUUGAAUAGUUUUGUUUCUUGUAAAAUUGUUUACCAUUCUCAAGAAAUUACAACUAGUGUAUAAUGACUUGUUUUCCUCAUAAAAUACCAAUGUUGUUCUUUAGAUUACUUCUGUUCUCAUGAAAUUUACAAAUACAAGUUUUCCUUUUCCUUGGCAGUGUGGCCCUCAUAUUCCCUUGUACUGUUUGGUUAUUAAAGUGUUUGAAAGCAUCAUAAUGUCAAUAUUUAGUUGAACAUUUUGGCAAUUGGAAUUUUAGUAUAAAUUUUUUGAAGCACUACUGUGCUGCAAUGUGUAUGGAUAGGUCUGAUCUGCAUAGGUCAGCUGCUGGCUUGCCAAAUUGCCAACAAUGUUCAACUGAGAGCUGUAUUGUUAUUUGGAAUGUUGUCCUCAAGAUGCCAUAAAAACACACACACUGAUUCCUUUUGUGCAGUGUUUCCCAACAUUCAUUGAGCCAAGAAACAAAAAAGUUACUAAAUUGUGUCUUGAUGAUUAUUUGGGAAUGGGAACAGUUGGAUACACAGGUUAAUUGUACCUUCAGCCACCUAGUGAAAGAAUAAACGUUCUGCUUGACACAAAAAGGUAAUCUGCCACAGUUUUUGCAGUGAAUAGCAAAAAAAAAAAGUAUACGCCGUCCCCUCAAAACGUUAAAAUCUGCUUGGUUUAAACAAUAAAUAAAACAAAUGUGUUUUCCCAAAGCCACUUUAGAAUCAUAAUUUUAACUCAUUUACAGAUUUGUUAAAACAUUAAAAAGUCUAAAGUGUGCUUAUGUUGGUGUUCUGGUUGCCAAAAACGCCAGCUAACAACCCAGGCUACAUCUGUUCCUCAAUGCACACAGAUCGUGGAACUGUCAACCUCAUUCAUUACUUCUUUGACAACAAUUGCUGCUUUCCUAUUGGACGGGGAUUUGGCGGUGUCCUAAGGCGUUCCACAUAUGUCCUUUUUCAGCAAAUAACCUGCAUGGGGGUGAAAAAUGCAAAUAGCAGCGGAUUCACUGUAUGUUGGCAAAGGAUAUAUUAUGUGAGUAAGUGAUGAUUUUGGAUCAAUUUAGGAAAUUGGAUCGUUUUCCACGGCUCAGUCGUUGGUAAUCGCUGCUUUAAAGCACCUACGCUCAUACAAUAGAUGAAUGAUAAAUGUCUUUCGAUCAUUUCUGCCGGUUACAGAAAUGACAACCUGCCUAAAUCCACACUUGGACCAAUAUUAUUGUUAUAAACUUGGUGUGUAACUACAUGUUUAUUGUAUUGUACUGUAUGUAGUAUUCAUAACACAUCGGCUUUUCCUUUUAUUUGGUUGUGUUCUUCCUGUUGCAGUCGAAACAACACUGUGACAAGCAAUGUCACUUUUUUUUUCGGCCCUGUAAUGAGUUUUACACCAGUGAGAUUUCUCAUACUAUUACCAAGUGACUUGAGAAGGAUGUCACCUCAACUUUUAACGCAGCCACGUGGUGUCUCCAACAGAGGCGAAAGGGCCGAUGAAUAUUGACUGCAGAAAAACAAAAUGUUGAGUUUUAAGUGUUAUCUAAGCCUGUCAGUGCACCAAAGAGAAGAACGGGGCAGGUCAAAGUUCAAACUCCACUUGUUUAUGGUAAUAAUAGUGGUUUGACCGGUGUUUUAGGAUCUAUUUCGAAACUGGAAUUUUUGUUUUAUUGAAUGCUAAAUAGUGUCAUGUCUGAUAAGCUGUAUCAGACGUAUAGCGAGUCACUUGUUUUUCAAGUUUGUUUAGGGACUCGAUAUAUAUAUCUGUAUAGCGGUUCAUCACCACAUUCCUGUGACAUUCAAAUGUAAUGUACUGCGUAUGUGGUAGUGUGUAGAUCAGUCUAAUAUUUUUGAUCUAGUUGAUGUGUUAGUGGUGUUGAAGCAAAACAUGGAAAAUGUCCAUUUAAAUUGCAAUUUCGUAGGUUGUUUUGUUUUCGCUGUAUUCUGACGGGUGGUGCGCUGUAAUGGCUGGACGCAAUCUCUCUGCAUGACUGCUGCACAAGUGAAAAAUCUUCCUCUGGUGCUUCAGUGUGGCGACACUACAUUUUGUUAAGUGUGAAUGCUGUACGAACCACAAUCUGCCACUGCUCACUAUACAGAGAACUGUAUUUAUUUAAUGUGUUGGCUGCAGAUAAACAAAUUUUGUGUGAUUUUACUAUCCAGAAGGAUUUCUCAGACUAUUAUAUAUGAAGAGGGAGUAUGUGACAACUUCAAUUUUUACAUGUCGGAUUGUGAUAACGUUAACUAGAAUUCUAUCCUCUCCAUAACAGACCUCGGCUGUUAAUCUCUCAUUCUUUUUAUUUUUUUUUCUCUCUCUCCAUGAAUGUUUCACAUGAGCCGAUAAUGCUGGUUGUCCGAUAUGCUUCAAUGACUAUAUUUCUACAAAAUGUGUGUACAAAAAUAUUGUGUAUAAUGUACAUAGAAGUCACUGAAAUGCCUUCUCAUGCAAUAUGUGCUGCCUGUUCCUCCCGCCAUGUUUCAGUUAAGCGGUGGUGAUAUUUUCAUGCAUUCAAAGGAUUAAACAAGUUUUGUAAAUCUUC